UGAAAACCGUGAGUUUCACAACCAUUUGUGUCAUGCAUGCAUCCUCCAAUGUCACGCCCAGCUCCCACUUAUCCGAAAAUUACAAUUUGGGAUUAAAUCUUAUUUCCCUUAAUUAUUUUUUAUCAAUGAAGAUUUCUUCCCCUCAUUUUUGAUCAUUAAUGGACCUUUCUCCUUCCCGCAGGAAGUCCUCCAAAUCAUUUAUGCAUGGCCGAAAAAUCUCCCUCACCGACGAAGACCUCCUCUACGAAGAGCAGCCCAUUCUCUCCGACCAUCGCCGCGACUCCACAGAAAUCAUCGUGAAGAUCGACAGCGACGACCCCUCCACCCCCUCCACCCCCAUCUUCGGGAACCCCGCCACCUUAGAUUUCUGGAAAGAUCAUGAAUCCCCCACGCAACCCCCGCGCUUCGACCUUCUAGAAGACCCCCCUUCCAAGCUCAUCAAUCAGUUCCUCAACAAACAAAAAGCCACCGGCGGCGAUUUUUGCCUCGACGUCGAUUUGGAGAUGGAAGAGCUCCGCAACGACCGCACCGCCACCGCCUCCUCCUCCUCCUCCUCCAACAACAACAACAACAGCAGCAACAGCAACAGUCGCAGCCUCCCCCCGCACACCGCCAAUCACGAUGACCGCGGCAAGAGCCGUCGCUACGAGGCCGCCACCUUCAGCAGCCACAUCAGCGCGGAGGAGCAGGAGAAAUACCGCAACGAAAUCAAUGAAUCCCCAAUCUCCUCCCCCUCCUCCUCCGACGAAGAUCGCGAUGACGGAAAUCGCAAUCGCCAGAGCACCUUAAAUCGUCGCCGAUCCAUGAACAACCCCACCGAUGUCGCCGCCGUUGCAGGCGAUGGACAGGUCCUAAAAUGUACGUCAUCUAUACAACGAAAUUACGGCAGAAUGAAGACUAAAUCCCGCCUCCUCGACCCGCCCGACGCCACACCGGACCGCCGCACCGACCUAAAAUCGGGGCAGCUCCGGUCCGAGAACAUCGGGCGGGCCUCCGGGAUGGUGACUCGACCCGGCGAAGACGAGGAGGAGGAUCCAUUGUUCGAUGAGGAUUUACCCGACGAAUAUAAAAGGACCAAAUUCAGUGCCUUAACCUUCAUCGAAUGGAUCAGCUUAAUCCUAAUAGUGACCGCACUAAUCUGCACGACCUCCAUCGAUAAGUGGAAGGUGAGAAAAUUCAGAGGUCUGCAUCUAUGGAAAUGGGAGGUUCUGAUCCUCGUAUUGAUCUGCGGGCGGCUGGUGUCCGGGUGGGGGAUUCGGAUCGUGGUCUUCUUCAUCGAGAGGAAUUUUUUCAUGAGGAAGAGGGUUUUGUAUUUCGUAUACGGGGUGAAGCGGUCGGUGCAGAACUGCAUCUGGUUAGGGUUAGUUCUAAUCGCGUGGCACUCGAUGUUCGAUCAGCGAGUGCAGGGGAACAACAAAUUCCUGUGGUAUGUGAACACGUUGCUGGUGUGCAUGAUCGUGGGGACACUAUUGUGGCUGGUGAAGACGCUGAUGGUGAAGGUGCUGGCAUCGUCGUUCCACGUCAGCACCUUCUUCGAUCGGAUACAGGAAUCGCUGUUCAACCAGAAGGUGAUCGAGGCGCUAUCAGGGCCGCCGCACAUCGAGAUCAAGAAGCAGCAAGAGGAGGAGGAGCGGACCAUGGCGGAGGUGUGGCGGUUGCAGAACGCCGGGGCGACGCUGCCGCCAGACCUGCGGCCGUCGGCGCUGCAGAAGAGCGGGAAGGUGAAUGGAGGGGGGCUACCGCCGAGGCCGAUGAAAGGGGUAAGCUUCAAGCUGUCGGGGCAGAUGGCGAAGAACAUGGAAUCGAAGAAUCUGGAGAGGAACAAGAGCCAGCACGAUGAUAAGGAGAUAGUGUCGAUGGAGAAUCUGCACAAGCUGAAUCACAAGAACGUGUCGGCGUGGAACAUGAAGAGGCUGAUGAAGGUGGUGAAGAAGGGGGUGCUAACUACGCUGGAUGAGCAGGUGCAGCACAGCACCGAGGGCGACGACGCAUCCACGCAGAUUAGGAGCGAGUGCGAGGCCAAGUGCGCCGCAAGGAAGAUCUUCCGCAAUGUCGCCAAGCCUAAAUCCAAGUACAUCUACCUCGAAGAUCUUAUGCGUUUCUUGCCGGAGCAAGACGCGUUGAAGACCUUGAACGCGGUGGAGGGCUCGACGGAGGCCGACAAGAUCAGCAAAGCAUCCCUCAAAAGUUGGGUGGUUAACGCCUUCAUAGAGCGAAGGGCGUUGGCCCUCACGCUCAACGACACGAAAACAGCAGUGGACAAGCUCCACCACAUGGUGAACGUGAUCGUGGGCCUGAUCAUCCUCGUUGUGUGCCUCGUGAUCCUUGAGAUCGCCACAAGCAAACUCCUGCUCUACAUCAGCUCUCAGAUAGUGGUCGUAGCCUUCAUAUUCGGCAACACCUGCAAGACCGUUUUCGAAGCCGUGAUCUUCGUGUUCGUGAUACACCCCUUUGACGUGGGGGAUCGUUGCGAGAUUGAUGGAGUCCAGAUGGUUGUUGAGGAGAUGAACAUUUUGACAACAGUCUUCUUGAGAUACGACAACUUGAAGAUCAUCUACCCAAACGUGACCCUUGCUACGAGGCCUAUUGGAAACUUCUACCGGAGCCCAGAUAUGGGUGAUUCCGUAGAUUUUGUUGUCCACAUUGGCACGCCAGUGGAGAAAAUCGCCCUCAUCAAGCAGAGGAUCAUAGCAUACAUUGAGAUCAAGAACGACUAUUGGUACCCUCAGCCGUCGGUAGUGGUGAUGAACAUUGAGCAGCUACAUAUGGUGAAGUUAUCAGUGUGGGUGAGACAUAAAAUGAACCAUCAAAACAUGGGAGAUAAGUGGAAGAGAAGGGCCCUUUUGGUUGAGGAGACGGUGAAGAUCCUAAAAGAGCUGGAUAUCGAGUAUCGUCUCUAUCCUAUUGACGUCAACGUUCGUGCAAUGCCGCCGAUCACCUCCACCAGAAUGCCGCCGGGGUGGUCUACUCCUUCUCCGGCGAGCUGAGAUUUUUUAUUUUUAUUUUCUUUUCCAUUUUUUAGGGUUGGAGAAGUAUGUAUGAAUGUAAUUAACCCAUUGUGGUGUAAAUGGUGAAAUGGAAAUAUUUGUCACUUGA